UCCGUCGAUUAUCGCCGGAUCUCUGCAGUCAACUACCUACCAGUCUCAGUCACUCACUCUAACCCUGCGACUGGCAGGUUCACCCCUACGACCAACCGUUUCUCAUCCACACCAAAAUUAACUCCUCCCAUUCACACCCCUCUCUCUCUCUCUCUCUCACUGAAAUUAUCUUCUCUAUGGACUACUCAAUCUCUUCCGCCUCCGACCACCACGCCCAUACUCCGCCGCAUCAGGAUUCUUCCAACCCUGAAACCUCCGCAAACGGCGGAACCAUCACUGUUCAGCUGUUCGUGGAGGAAGGUGAGGUUGAACCGGGAGAUGUCCGAGUCUCUAUCGAACCCGGUUCAGACGCUGCUGCUGCGUCUUCCUCGGGGAGGAGGACCGGUUUGGAGGUCGAACCGGAAACUCCAUCGAGCCCUAGCAGCAGUGGUUACGUCGGCGAGAGAGGAAGCAGCAGCAGCGGCGACACCAGCGGUUCGCCAAUUAUACCGAUCGCGCGCGAAAUCGAAGAGGAUAUGAGUAUCGGAGUUGAUGAUAUCACACUCCAUGGAUUCUCCGAUGCCCAAACGACGUGGAUUCCUGGAAAACGACAUGUCGAUGAGGAUGAUGCUUCCAUUUCUUGGAGAAAAAGGAAGAAGCAUUUCUUUGUUCUCAGUCAUUCUGGCAAGCCAAUAUACUCUAGGUAUGGAGAUGAGUAUAAGCUUGCAGGAUUUUCAGCGACUUUGCAGGCAAUCGUUUCCUUUGUGGAGAGCAGGGGUGAUUCUGUGAAAUGGGUGAGGGCUGGAAAGCAUCAGGUUGUUUUUCUUGUGAAAGGGCCAAUUUAUUUGGUCAGCAUCAGCUGUACAGAAGAACCUUAUGAGUCAUUAAGGGGGCAGUUGGAGCUAAUUUAUGGUCAGAUACUUGUUAUACUAACAAAAUCAGUAAACAGAUGUUUCGAGAAGAACCCAAAGUUUGAUAUGACACCCUUGCUCGGUGGAACAGACAUUGUCUUUUCCUCUCUAAUCCAUUCCUUCAGUUGGAAUCCUGCUACAUUUCUUCAUGCCUAUACCUGUCUUCCUCUAGCAUAUGCAACAAGGCAAGCUGCAGGUGCUAUCUUGCAAGACAUUGCCGAUUCAGGUGUUUUGUUUGCAAUUCUGAUGUGCCGGCACAAGGUAAUCAGUCUUGUUGGUGCUCAGAAAGCUUCCCUUCAUCCAGAUGAUAUGCUGCUGCUGGCCAACUUUGUUAUGUCAUCAGAAUCCUUUAGGACGUCAGAGUCGUUUUCUCCAGUUUGCCUUCCAAGAUAUAAUCCUUCAGCAUUUUUGUAUGCUUAUAUCCAUUAUUUUGAUGCUGACACAUACUUGAUGUUGCUAACCACUAGUUCAGAUGCAUUUUAUCAUCUUAAAGAUUGCAGGGUUCGUGUUGAAUUGGUCCUUUUGAAGUCAAAUAUUCUUAGUGAAGUUCAGAGAUCUUUGCUGGAUGGGGGAAUGCAUGUUGGGGAUCUUCCACCCAUAGCUCAGUCUGGUUCAUCUCAAUUGGGCCCGCACAGGCUUCCAUCUGAUUCUCCUGAAAGAUUCCUGGAACCUAAUUCCGCCAUUGACUGUCCUGCAGGGUUGUGUCAUUUUAUAUACUUGAGUAUAUAUCUGGAUCAAUAUGUCUCUUCAGAGUUUCCACCAUCCAUUAAAACACCUCAGCAGCAAAAAAGACUGUAUAGAGCUUACCAGAAACUUUUUGCAUCCAUGCAUGAUAAUGGUAUUGGACUGCACAAAACUCAAUUUCGGAGAGAUGAAAACUACGUUCUUCUCUGUUGGGUGACACAAGAUUUUGAGCUGUAUGCUGCCUUUGAUCCCCUUGCGGACAAGGCAUCGGCAAUAAAGACAUGCAACCGUGUUGUUCAAUGGAUAAAAGAUGUGGAAAAUGAAAUUUUUUUGCUAGGAGCGAGCCCCUUUUCAUGGUGAUUUCCUUGCAAAUACUGUAAGCGAGUAGAAUAGUUCUUUUUGUAAUAAAAUUCCUAUAGAGAACGAAAUACUCAAUGUAAGGUUAUGAUUCACUACCACAAGAUUCAUGAUUGGACUUGUAUACAUGCCUCGCAAUUAAAUUGUAUAAUAUAAUAGUAAAGUUUGGUUCAACGUUGCUCCUACAACUGGUUUU